UCAGGAUAUCCUUUUGCCUUGUUCCAGCGCUAUUUCCUCUUCCAGAAGGAGGCCUACCUCAUUCAUCUCUACAACGUGUUCACAGGACUCUCAAUUGCUUACUUCAAUUUUGGGAUGCAGUUCUUUCAUUCCCUGCUAUGUGUCCUAAUCCAGUUCCUCAUCCUGAGACUAAUGGGUCGCACAAUCACUGCCGUCUUCACCACGUUCAUCUUUCAGAUGACGUACCUUAUGGCUGGGUAUUACUUCACAGCCACAGAGCAUUAUGACAUCAAGUGGACAAUGCCACAUUGUGUCUUGACACUCAAGUUGAUUGGUCUGGCCAUCGAUUACUAUGAUGGAGGAAAAGAUCCGGAGUUCCUGACUCCUGAGCAGCGGCAGUUUGCUGUCCGUGGAGUUCCUACCUUGCUGGAGGUCUCAGGAUUCUCCUAUUUCUAUGGUGCCUUCAUGGUGGGGCCUCAGUUCUCCAUGACAGACUAUCAGAAACUGGCAAGGGGUGAGAUGACUGACGUUCCAGGCCAGAGACCCAAUAGUUUUGUGCCUGCUCUCAAGCGCCUGAGUUUGGGUCUCUUCUUUCUAGUAACCUAUACGUUGUCAAGCCUGUACAUCUCUGACGAAUAUCUCAUCUCAGAUGAUUAUAUGGAGAAGCUUUUCUGGUUCCGCUGUGGUUACAUAUUGAUCUGGGGCAAAAUUAUACUCUACAAAUACGUAACCUGCUGGCUUGUUACGGAAGGUGUCUGCAUUCUUGUUGGUCUGGGGUACAAUGGGAAGGACCAGAAUGGAAAGCCUUUGUGGGAUGCCUGUGCCAACAUGAAGGUCUGGCUGUAUGAGACAACACCUUUGUUCACAGGGACCAUUGCCUCUUUCAACACCAACACCAAUGCUUGGGUGGCUCGCUACAUCUUCAAGCGUCUGAAGUUCCUGGGUAACAAACUGCUGUCACAGGCACUGGCCCUGUUCUUCCUGGCCAUUUGGCAUGGGCUGCACUCUGGCUACCUGGUGUGCUUUCAAAUGGAGUUGCUGAUAGUCAUCGUUGAAAGACAGGCCAUAAACCUUGUUCGGGACAGUCCUGCCCUAAGCACUUUGGCCUCCAUCACUGCCUUGCAGCCCAUCUUCUACGUGCUGCAGCAGGCUAACCACUGGAUGUUUAUGGGCUACUCUCUGGUGCCAUUUUGCCUUUUCACCUGGGACAAAUGGAUGAAGGUUUACAGGUCUGUCUAUUUCCUCGGCCAUGUGUUAUUCUUCACCUUAUUAUUUGUGUUGCCUUACAUUCGCAGAUUAGUUGUGCCACGAAAAGAAAAGCUAAAAAAAGCAGAGUAACAGCCAAAAGAUUGUACCACCUGUGCAUUUGUAGGAGUCGAUUUAACACUCCAGAAGCAAAGCAUCACCUGCCAAGUUU